GGCUGGCUAGGGCUCCGCAGCCGCCCGGGAGACUCGGGAAGAGGCGGGCCCCGAGCCCUGCGCUCGCCAUGGCCGCGGCGGCGAUCUGAGCGGCGCCCACCCCGGGCCAUGCGGCCUCCGCCGCUGUGGCUGCCGCAGCUGCUGCUGUUCUGCAGCCUCGGUGCCGCGACGCCCCCGCCAGGCUCUGCACAUCUGGCUACUCCCCGUCACCCAAAGAUUCACCUACACGAUGAUAAGCAGGUUCUGAGUUGGGAGCCUGUGUCCCCCGGCAAUGACAUGGGACCAGUGGUCUACCGAGUGGAGUAUACAUACGAUAAUGUUGAGUGGAUCCCCACAAAGGUGAACUGCACGAAGAUCACAGCAACAAAGUGUGACUUCACCAGAGACGGCCCCCUAACAGGCUUCUCCCCACUUAGCACUGUUUUCCUACGUGUUCGAGCUGAGCAAGGAAAUCGUACCUCUGCCUGGGUGAUGAUGCCUUCGUUUCAAUACUACCGUAAUGUUACUGUCGGUCCUCCAAAAAACCUCUCAGUGACCCCAGGAGAAGGCUCCCUCAUCAUCCACUUCUCCCCACCCUUUGAGCACACCAGUGUUGCCAUUUUUGAGUAUCAUGUCCGUUACUGGGAAAAAACAGGAAUCCAACAGGUGAAAGGCCCUUUCCAGAGCAACUCCAUUGUACUGGAUAAUUUGAAGCCAUUCAGAGUGUACUGUUUACAAGUUGAAGCACAGCUAGUUGUGAAAAGCCAAGGUAUCCAUAAACCUGGGCAUUUAAGCAACACAUCUUGCCACGAAACAAGAGCAGAUGCCUCCACCAAGUUGCAGCAAGUCUUCCUGAUCUCCCUGGGCACCUUCUUAGUGCUGUUGAUGCUGUCUGGGGCCUGUUUCUUCCUGUUCCUGAAAUACCAAAGCCUGGUGAAAUACUGGUUUCACACUCCACCAAGCAUCCCGGUACAAAUAGAAGAGUAUUUAAAGGACCCAGCUCAACCCAUCUUGGAGGCUCUGGACAGAGGCAGUUCACCAAAGGAUGACACCUGGGACUCUGUAUCCAUCAUCUCCUUUCCAGAAAAGGAGCAAGAAAAUAUGCUUCAAACACUGUGAGCCAAGUCCCUGCUUGCCCCGGAGGACACUGAGCAAGGACACUGUUGAUACUCUGCCUGGACUCCACAGAGACAAGUGCCUGACUUUUGCCUCAGGAAGACCUUUCAGUGCCCAGUGCCGGGGGUAGGGGGGGCGCAGAUGGCAUAUUAUUUCUUCAUUAAGAAGUUUCUGACUCCAGACUGCAGGCUGGAAAGAUGGCUCAGAUGGCUCAGUGGUUAAGAACAUUGGCUGCUCUUGCAGAGGACCCAAAGUUCAGGUCCCAGCACUCACUCGGCAGCUAACAACUGUCCGUAACUCCAGUUCCAGGG